AUGGCUCAGACUCAACGUCUAGAACAGAUCCAAAACUAUCGACAGCUCAUCGCCCAGCUCAACGCCACGAUGCCUGCUUCUGCUGAUAGCACAGUCCCGAUGCUGCCUUUCGGGGCGUCUUUUGCGGACUCUGCCAAGACCGUAGGAACCGGUCUCAACGCCGCUUCCUUCGGUCUCAACCCCAUGUCUGCUGAUGACCCUUCGUGGAUCGGACACGGAUUCCAGGCCCAGGCCGCUGUCGACUUCCUCUCUUCCCCAGAGUGGACUGACCCGUCGCCUGCGCUGACCGACUCGAUGUCUUUCGAGAUCGACUCUUGCGGCCCCAGCCCGCUGCUGCCUCUGGAUGGCUACGAGGAUGAUCUCGGAGUGCCCGGUAUCGCCGGCGCUCCCCUCUUCCCUCCUCAGGAUGGAUACGCCUCGUCCAACGUGAGCCCGCUUGAGCCCGCUCACAACGACUUUGGCUCCUCCACCGUUGGUGAUUUUGGUGCCCCUGAAAUGGGCUCUGACUUUACCCUGUUUCCUGAGACCAGGCCUGCCAAGCUUCCCAUUGAGAUGGCGUUCAGCAAGCUGAACAAACCCGCGGCUGGCUCUGGCACCUCAAAUGAAGAUCCCGCUAUGACGCUUCUACGAGCCCUGAGCAGUGCUGCGCUCUCCGCCUCGUCGAGUACCGCCAGUGUUGCUGUUUCCAACAACAGCAGCACCUCGGUCGCUGCGUCUUCGACUCCAGUACUCACUGCUUCGCCACUAGCAUUUACUUCAAUGGGCGCUCCCCAGGCUCUCGCUCCUUCGAGCACCGAGGCGACCCCUCCUGCUCUGCAACGAACGAGUUUGUCGCUGUCAUCGUCUUCUGCCCCGGUGGCCACUAGUGAAUCCCGAGGCACAAAGCGACGCAUGGAAUCGACGGACCUUCUGCCUCUGGAUGCUCCCAUCCAAAAGCGUACCUACUACACAGUCUCUGCCACUUCCCGACGUGACACUGCUCGCGCCGCCGAAGUGGACGAGUUUGCCGAGGAGGAGGCUGCCAUUCGACGCGAGAAGGACCCUCGUGUUGCCAAGCGUCUUUCGAACACGCUGGCCGCUCGACGAUCUCGACACCGUAAGGCGGAAGAGCUUCGUCUGCUCAACGAGAAGAUCGAAGCUCUCACCUCUGAGGUUGAGUCGUGGAAGCGACGUUGCGAACAGGCCGAGAAGGAGAGGAACGACGCGCUGGCACUGCUGUCUUAG